AUGGCAGAACCUUUGGAAACGGUUUUAGCCGAUGCUGGCGUGGAACCGGCACUGGCUUCAGGGAUUAUGGCCGAUGGUUGGACCCUGAGAACCUUCCGAGAAAUAGCGGCCACUGCAGCAGAGUUUACAGAUGCUUUAUUUUCUGAGCUUUGCCCUCACAAUGAUCACUUGACCCUCUUGCAAAAAGCUUCCAUCAGAUCAGCUUGGAGGAGCGCACAACAGCCAGAAACCCUUCAAGGUUCCUCUACUGAUGGUUCAGGGAUGGCCGCACACUCAGGAUCUGUUGCAGAUGGAUCAUGGUCAGAAGUUUUCCCACCAAAGUUGAACAAUGAAACGGUAACAUCGUUGAAGAAGCAAUUUUUGCAGAAUUAUCCGUCAGAGGUUCUGACCUCAGAUACCCAGCCAAGCUCCAGAUUACUUGCCCUUGCACAUCAGCUCACCCAGAAGAAGGACUUCAAGUGGCUUCCUUGGAAAUUCCGCAUGUCAAUGUCUCGUUCAGAAGACAUGGCCAUGAGCAGGGCAUCCAAAGCCCCGCGCUUAGAGAACCUGCAGCUUCACCAGCUAUUGAUUGACGAAGACUCAGGUUUACGAGCUCCCAAUAUGUUGGAAGCCCAGCAGGCCGAUAAAACCAUUUGGUAUCACAUUGCCGAACUUUGCGAAUCUUCCACAUGGUCAUUGGAUGAUGCACUUUUGGAAUUCACUCAGAACAGAGGGGAUCUAGCUACACUCCUGCAGCCCAGACCACGGUUUCAAAAAAUUGCGCAAGCUCCAGCCAACGUUCCUAGCAAAGGCAACAAGGGUCUCAAAGGUGGCUCCAAAGGCGCAAAGUCUUCCAAAGGUGGCUCCAAACCGGGCGUCCGAUGGCUCUCAGAGAUUUGGCGAGGCUCUCAGAAAAAGACUCUCUGUAUGAGAUUUCAAUCCGGCAAGUGCUCCAAUAAAGAUUGCCGCUAUGAACAUGCUUGUGGAUAUCCCAAACCUGACGGCACAGCUUGCGGUGCCAACCAUGACCAGGAAGUAUCACAGGCCAUUUUGGCCCCACUGUCAACAGUUGCUGACAUGGAGACGGACCCCAAUAUUCAGACGGAACAUCGGCCGGAUCCUCAACCAGAGCAGUCUGACUAUCGACCAGAGCUUGAUCAUGUGGCCAUUCGAACACCAGAUAUGCUGAGUGGAGUUCCUAAUUUGACCCCAGAAGAGACGCAAAGAUUGCAAGAUAGUGCCACACUCCUGGAUCGCUGUGUCACUUCAGUUUCAGCGCAUCCCUCUAUUGCAGGAGUCAAAGAUGAACAUGGCGUCUAUUUGAGCAGACGAUCAGCGGCCUAUCCUAAGGCACUUGCAGAGGAGCACCAACAACUGCCCAGCGCUAAAGAGGUGCAGCGCUGCUACCCUUUAAGGGAACAUUCUGAGGAGCUGGGCGCCCUAGGUAUCAUCCGAUUGCAGCAUGCCAAACGUGACAAGUUAUUGAAACUCAUUGCAGACCUGCUCCAGAUCCACUACCUCCUGAUUUGA